GAAGAUGCAUUUUGAAAGAAUACAGGUGACGUAGGGAGAAUCAAAAUUUCUUCUCAGGCUCCCAACACAGCAUUUAAAUAAAUCCAUCUAUUUGCACCCCGCCUAAACCACUUCUUAAUCUCUCUGUCGCUCUUUUGCUGUGAUAUUUUUGGCUUCACCAGAAACUUGUAUGAGCUAGGAACUCUAGAUCCCUCUCUCUUAAUGGGAAGCAACGGCAACGGCAACGGCAACGGAAACGGUAACUACUACUUAAUGAGUAACGGCGACGUUGAUAGAGAGUCGUUGAAGCCGGCGGUGUUGAGCUCGUCGGCUGCCUUGAAGGCUAGAAAGGCCAAGCCAAACGUGGCCUUGCCGAGACACAAUGUUGAUGACAUCAUCACCCUCCUUCAUGGCUCCGAUCCCGUUCGCGUCGAACUUAACCGCCUUGAGAACGAAGUCCGAGAUAAAGAUAGGGAAUUGGCCGAUGCCAACGCAGAAAUCAAGUCGUUGAGGAAUUCGGAACGUCUCAAAGAAAGGGCGGUUGAAGAGCUAACAGAUGAGCUGAAGAAAGUUGAUGAAAAGCUUAAAGUAACUGAAGCUCUUCUAGAAAGCAAGAACCUUGAGAUCAAGAAAAUAAGUGAUGAGAAGAAAGCAGCUUUGGCUGCACAAUUUGCUGCAGAAGCUACGCUUCGAAGGGUCCAUGCUGCUCAGAAAGAUGAUGAAAUGCCGCCCAUUGAGGCCAUCAUCACUCCGCUAGAGGCUGAGCUUAAGCUUGCCCGGCUGGAGGCAGUGAAGUUGCAAGAGGACAAUAGAGCUCUUGAUCGGCUAACAAAAUCAAAGGAGGCUGCUCUACUUGAGGCUGAGAGAACUGUCCAGAUUGCUCUGGCAAAAGCAUCCUUGGUUGAUGAUCUGCAAAACAAAAACCAAGAGCUAAUGAAGCAGAUUGAAAUAUGCCAAGAAGAGAACAAGAUUUUGGACAAAAUGCAUCGACAAAAGGUUGCUGAGGUUGAAAAGCUAACUCAAACAGUUCGGGAACUUGAGGAAGCUGUCCUGGCUGGAGGGGCUGCUGCUAAUGCGGUGCGGGAAUUCCACCGAAAAGUGCAAGAGAUGAAUGAUGAGAAGAAAACUCUGGAACGGGAAGUAGCCCGUGCGAAGGUUAGUGCAAACAGGGUUGCUACUGUGGUUGCAAAUGAGUGGAAAGACGGCAAUGACAAAGUUAUGCCUGUAAAGCAGUGGCUGGAGGAAAGAAGAUUUCUUCAGGGAGAAAUGCAACAGCUUCGAGAUAAACUAGCCAUAGCAGAGCGUGCUGCAAAAGCAGAAGCACAGCUUAAAGAAAAAUACCAACUCCGAUUCAAGGUUUUGGAAGAAAGGCUUAAAUCAUCUAGUUGUAAUUCCCGCACUGGGUCUGAAGGAAGAAGUAUGAGCAAUGGGCCAUCACGGCGUCAAUCUCUUGGUGGAGCUGAGAAUUUGUCCAAAUCAUCCUCCAAUGUCUAUUUAUCAAGGAGAACACUGAAUCCACAUUCUGGAUCCGUUCGAUCCAACACUGCUGGUGCCUUAUUGAACAAUGUGAAGAUGUCAUCUAAAUCAUUUGAUGGGAGUAGAUCAGUGGAUAGAGAUAAGCUGAUUCCAAAUGUGGCUGAGAAAAAUGGUAUGCUCCCUGGUACUGGUGAUCAGAUUCUAGGUAAUACUACAAGGUGUGAGGGAAGUGCAAAUGGAAUCACUGACAAAUCAAAAGCAGAGAACAAAGAUUUUGUUUCAGGAAUGUUAUAUGAUACGUUACAAAAGGAAGUUAUAGCUUUAAGGAAGGCUUGCCAUGAAAAAGACCAAAGCUUAAAAGACAAAGAUGAUGCUAUAGAGAUGCUGGCAAAGAAGGUUGAAACAUUGAACAAAGCAAUGGAAGUUGAAGCCAAAAAAAUGCGUAGGGAAGUAGCUGCAAUGGAGAAAGAAGUUGCUGCUAUGAGGGUUGGCAAAGAGCAUGAUCAAAGGACAAGACGUACUCGCAGGGGCGCUAUAAAUGGCUCUGAAUUACUUUCUGCUAGGAAUGGACGAAGAUAAUAGGCAACUAACAUCAUGGUGUUGCAAUUACAGAAGAAUCAUGCCAUUUAAUUGUGAAACAGAUAUGUAUGGUUUUAUAUUGAUUUUCACUUCCUUUCCAUCUGUUUUGUUAUCGUCUGUCACUGUCAAGCAAGUGGUCCGUUUGAAAAGAACUGACUCUAGGUUUCCAGAAAUCAUCACGUAAAUGUAUAUUUUUCACUUCAUGUAUGGUUUUAUAUUGAUUUUCACUUCAUGUAUUUGUUAUGUGAAGCCAAGGCAUAAAAAUGAAACUAAAAAAUUAUACCAUUUGUUAUGGAGGAUGUAUUUAACUACUAGUACUUUUGUUUUUUCAAAUGUUGGGUCUUGUUGAGGAAGAAAACAAUGUGUUGUAAGAUUAUCCUGCGUGAUUUGCAUGAUAAUUGUUGAGGAUUUCGUAAGAUACAGUCGU